AUGAACUCGAUGCUUACCGCAUGGCAGGAGACUAUUUUGGAUUACACGUUUAAGGUUGUUUAUCGACCUGGCGUUCUGAACGUUUUACCAGACGCUUUGUCUCGCCAGUUUCCUCAAGAGUUGUGGACAGCCCGCAUUCAAGGAUCUGCUCCGAGCAAAAUUUAUGGUUAUGUUCACUUAAUCCAGGACGCCGACACUCAACGUGUGACGACGUGGCCUAAUCUGGCCAAGGAUUGCUUGGAGUAUGUUCAGCGUUGCCAAGAAUGCCAGCGAGUCAACAUCGCACGCAAGGGAUACCACCCUCUGACGGCCAUUCAUGCUCAGUUACCAGGUGAACAUAUGGCGGUUGAUUUGACCGGUCCAUUCCCUGUGGAGAGCGAUGGAAACCUAUUCCUACUCAUUUUGGUUGAUGUUUGUACAAGCAAUUUUUCGGACACGACAGAGAAGUUAUCAUCCCAGGAGGAGCUCUUAAAGCGUCUUGAGUGCAUGACCAAGACCGUCUUUCCAGCGAUUGACACUAAGACCCGCGAAACUCAACGUCGAAUGAUUGAGCGUUUCAAUAGAACAGUACUGCACAGUGAAUUCCCUGAUGGAGCAAAGGUUAUGUCUUUGGACCCGAUCUUGGGCGACAAGCUUUCGCCUAGGAUCGCAAUCUCUAACGCAGCCUCAUCAAACGGCCGCGACUCUCGGGACUAA